UUUGAAAAUAUCAAAAAACAGUGAUAACACUAAAAUGUAUUAUUAUUUAUUAAUUACAUUAUUAUAACGUAUUUUAUUACCUUAGGUAAUUAGUUAUUUAGUUAUAGUAGUACUCUAUGGUUAGUUCAGUAAAUCCUGAUACUUCGUUUAUCGAAUGAAUUUUGAUCGAACUGAUAACUCAUUUAAUUGAUAGUUUCCUUUUCGGUUCUUCGUCUCCAGUAAUUAUUAUUUGUAAACGUUUUUCGGACGUCCGAUCACUGAACGCGCCAUGGCAGAUACUACUAGCGAAUUGGACGAAACGCCGAGCAUCGAAUGCUUCCAGAACUACACUGCUCCCGAGGUAUUCAUACAGGGCAUAGCUGGCAUCGUAAACCAGGAAGACGUCGAGUCAAUGAUUAUUGCUCAAAAAGAAAUGUUGCAGCGUUUUGAGAAGACCAACGAAAUGCUCACUAACUGCAAUGCGUUGUCUAUGAGUCACCUAAAAACCACAAGUCAGGAACUGAAGAAGCAUACUCAAAUGUUGACGGAGUUACGCAAAGACUUAGAUAGUACGUUUAAAAGAAUUGCCACCAUCAGGUCCAAGAUUAAAGUCCAAUAUCCAGACUUACAGAAAAGUAUUUUAGAAGAAAAGCAAAAAGAGCUAGAACAAAAGCCUGUUGACAGUUCAUCCAGUGGUAGUGCAAGUACUGCUUCUCCAUAUAAUUCUGAUACAAAUUAAAAUAUACUUUUAUUUCAUUAAAAUUUUUAGUUAUGAUCUCAGUAAAUUUACCAUAACAAUGUUAAUGUGUGUUGUACAUUGAUUGCAUAUUAUAAUAUUAUUUGUUUCAAAUAUAAAACAUAUUUUGUUAAU